AUGCAUACAUUUUCUUCAGCUGCCUGGUGCCCUCCACUGCAAACAAACCAACCUCACAUCAAAUACUCAACCAUGUUGCCCACGACAAUCCGCACACCACCUAAGGCGGAUGAAUACACGCCUCUGGCCGAAUAUCAGUCUACAACCCCCGAAAGCUUCGUCAAUGGAAAGCCUGUUCUUCACUACCAUCUCGAAGGCGCAAAGGCAUGGAUCCCCAAGGCGCAAUGCGGUAGUCUAGCUCUAUUUCCUGCGGACUCGAGCGAGAAGCCUAGUGCUCCUGAAGGCGACAGCAUAAAUGGCGAUGUCGAGGAGCUUGUAGAGCAGGCAGUGGAUGUCUUUGUGAACUCAGAGGCCUUGACUAUCUUCAGUCCCAAGGUCGAGGCUGGUGUCUCAAUUCCUUAUCCCUCGAUAUCCAUCCACGCGAUCAAGCAGCUAGGUCCUGAAACAGAUGCGCCGCGCACCCAAGCCGUAUGGAUGCAGCUUGAAUUCUCGGACGGCGGUGCCGAAGACGACGAUUUCAGCACAAUAGAUCUCACCAUCAUCCCACCUAAAUCAGAUUCUGAGCCCAGCGCCGCUAAGCAACUGUACGACGCCAUGGCCAACUGCUCCGACCUUCACCCUGACCCCAAUGAUGGGGAAGAGGAUGAGGAUGAAUACGACCGUAUUGUCUUCGAGGGAAGCGAGCAGCACCAGGUCAUUGAGGGUUUCACAGGCGUUCUGCGUGGCGCUAGCAAUGGCGGCCUACCGCCUCCUAUGCCUGGUAGCGGCGGCUGGAUCACAGCGGAUAACGUGAACGAAUAUUUCGACGAGGAUGGCAAUUGGAUCGGACCCGGCGCUGAGGGUCAAGAGGAAGAACUGGGAGAAGGCGCAGGAAGAGUGCGAGAUCGCGAUGAAGCUGAGGGCACUGAUGCAGCUGAAACCCCAGCCGUUGAUGAUCCCGAGAACAAGCGACCACGAGUGGAGUAA